CGACUGCGGAGCCCCAAGAGGCUCAGGAGCUGCGUGAGGGGGAGGGGGGUUCUGGGAGGACGAGUGGGGAGCGGAGCUCGUGCUGGGCUCACUCGGGGGCUCGUCUCUUCUCUGGGGACCUGGCGGGGACAUCGGCGUAGUCUUAGGCCUGGGCGUGCUGGGCCAGAUCCUCUGCACUGUGCUCCGCGGGUUUGCCGCACUGGCGGUCGCUGAAGUCGAUGGACAACUCCGCCCAGCUUCUGAUCUUCUCACUGCAUGGCAUCCAGGUGCACCUAGAGGAGGCGAGCAUAGCAUCGAGAGGCCUCGGCGGUGUGCCGUGCUCGUGGACGCCGCGCAGCUGCACCAGGGAGUCGACGAUGGUUUUCUCGAGGUCUGCCGGGUCCCACUGCCAGCCAGAUCUUCACCCUGUCGCCCGCGUGGGCCGUCCGCAUCCUGCAGCACCGGAUCUUGUCCGUGAUCGCACGGUGCGAGAGCCGCUCCCGCUCGACCCCUCUGCCGGUGCUGCGCGCUCUUGGCGCCAGGCUCUGCCGUCCGACCUUCUCGCCCCGGGCGAUCCGCGCGCCGAGGAGGGCCAUCCUGACGUGGGGAUGCGGGAUGCCCGGCUCCUCCAGCUCUUGUUCCCAG